UAUACCAACAAAAAUUAUGACAGAUAAAAAUCCAUAUUCACCUGAUGACAGUGAUUUCACUAACCAGUGGCCUUUGGAGCUCUCUGAGUACUUGAAAUUCGACGAUGAUGAAUGGCCAGAUGAUAAUCCAGAGCCAUUUUUCGCCGAACAUGUUUCCAACCAAGAUAAUGAAUUAGUAGCUGAUUUUGGAGGAAGUUGGAACCGAGUUGAAGAGCCAGCAGCUUCCAGCAGUGAACGUGAGAAGAAGGAAGUUAAAGAUAAAGUUGCAUUCAGAAUAAAAUCAGAGGUUGAAAUUCUUGAUGAUGGAUUCAAGUGGAGGAAGUAUGGAAAGAAGAUGGUUAAAAACAGCCCUAAUCCGAGGAACUAUUAUAAAUGUUCUAAAGAUGGAUGCCAUGUGAAGAAGAGAGUUGAGAGAGAUGUGGAAGAUCCGAGUUAUGUGAUAACAACCUAUGAAGGCACACAUACACAUCCAAGUUUUCACUAGAAGAACUUUUAGCAUAUUCAUGGGGCCAUAGCUAGCCACUAGUAGUUGUCUUAACUUAAGUCUUCUUUGUGGAUGAAGUAAGUGAUGUUUGCAUGUCUAGUUUGAGUCAUGAAAAACAACCAUUUGUAUUUGGUGUCAAAUAGGUGUGUAUCUAAUAUAUUGGAUGUCUAUUCAUCACUAUCCAAAAAAAG